CACAAGCCUCAUAACAGCAGAUAUAUUUGAAGCCAGAGGCCAGCGCGUGUGCAAGGCAGGAAAAGGGAAGCCAUGCUAUAAGCUGGCCUACUUCUCCGAGCUCCGCCGUAAGCUGAACUACAUGGAGGCAGAACGCGCCUGCAGACGGGACGGGGGUCAGCUCCUGAGCGUGGAGUCUGAGUCCGAGCAGAAGAUCAUAGAGCAGCUCAUCACAGAGCUCCGCCCAACUGAUGGAGACUUCUGGAUAGGUCUCCGCCGAAACCAUGGAGGCGAGGAUAGCAACUUGGACUGCUCUUCCCAGUAUUACUGGCUGGAUGGUAGCAAGUCCACAUUUAGGAACUGGCACUGGGAUGAGCCAUCGUGUGGUUAUGAGGUGUGCGCUCUACAUGUUCCAGUGGAACGACAGCAAUUGUGAAACCAAGAACAACUUCAUCUGCAAAUACACUGCAGAGGAGCCACUGGAUCCUUCUCCUUCACCUAACUCCACUCAAACAGAUGUCUUCCCUUCACCCGUGGUGCCGUGGAAUCCAAAUGAUCACAACCACAACCAAACAGUUCUGAAUUUGGUUUACAUCAUCAUUCCCACCAUUCCCCUCAUUCUGCUGCUGCUGACAGUGACAGGCGUCUGCUGCUUCAAGCUGAUUGUCCGACGAGAACCCCAUGCCACCCAACCCUGGUCAGAGUGAUGUACACCAGUCGACAGCGUAAUGAGGUGGAGUUGGAGUGGGUGGUGGACAACCAGGAAGCAGAAGGUUGGACAGUGAAGAGAUUUGCAGAUGGGAAAGUCUCUUAGAGCCAUUUCUAAAACAGAUUCUAAGAUCAUUGGUUCAAACAAGAGUGCAUAAGUACAAGUUAUUCUGAUGUGCCUCCACUUUGCCAAAGACGUGUAGCAGGUUGGAAAAAGCUAAAUGAUUAUUUUGGUAAGAAAACCAAUUAACCCCUUAUUUUUUGUUUAUUAUUGUGACUUAUUUUGACAUUGUUAUGCGUUGCCAGACCAAAGUUAUAUCUCAUUAUGCCAGUGGAUGGUGCUCUUGCACUGCUCUGGAACUACCAGAGAGACUCUAGCUAUAGGCUCUGCGCAUGCACAGCUCAGAAAUAAAUCAGCUCCGGCCUGAGCAAGACACUAACUUCGGUGUCCUCUCUAUUAAUCCACAGUUUGCUCAUACUUGGCUAUGCAGUGCUCUCUAACCUGUGUGCCGCUUGCUGCCGGUCCAGAUUCCCCUAGGUCUGGUGCCGGUAACAGACGCAAAGAAAACCCAAACGGUCACCCUCAGACCAGAGGAAAUUUGUUAUGAUGUUUAGGAACAACCUAGGAACCAACAAGGGUCAAGCCUCCCAUUAACUAGAAACUGCUGGAACACCAGUAUCACUGUCCACACUAAAGUGAACUAUUUGACCACAAUGACUAAGAGGUAUGUUUGGCCAGGCGUCAAGCAUGGUGGUGGUAGCAUCAUAUUGUGGGGCUGUGUUGUUGCCGAUGGCACUGGCACAUAAAGUGCAUGAAGUGGGUGGAAUAAUGAAGAAGGAGGACUACCUCCAAAUUCUUUAUUUUCAUCAUUAAUCAGCAGCUACAUGGUUGAAAAUGCAGAUGAAGCAGGCUAACAAAGGCUAAUUUCUAUUCUCUGUUGAUUACAAAAAAAAGAAAAUUG